AAACCCCUCAACCAAUUCCUCGUCACUGCGUUAUAGCCACCCAGCAAAAGAAAAUCCCAAGACAUCCACAAAACAAGCAACAAAGUAUGGCUGAUCCCAUAAAGACACUUGACAACGCAAGCCGCUACGGCGACGCUUCAACCGUCUCGCGAAAGACAUACCCAAUUGCGGGGAUCCAAACCACGGUCUACGGUCUUGAUGAACUCCCCACACAAACCUCCGACAUUGCCUGUCUGUGGCUUUUACAUCCCAGAGGAGGUACCCAAGAACGUAUGACAGGCAUUGGGACGACCAUCAUCGCGGAUUGGAAUUCCAGGAACCCCACUAAGGGCCUGAUUGCUGUCGCAUUCGAUCAACGCAAUCAUGGAACGAGAGAGGUAGAUCCACUGGCCAAUGAAGCAUGGAGACAGGGAAACCCUCGUCAUGCCCAGGAUAUGUUCUCAAUCUUUCAGGGUACUGCCCGAGACGUAUCUCUUCUGAUCGAUUACCUCCCCUCUUAUGUGUUCCCCCACUCCGAUCGCAAGAUCGUCGAUAAUCUGGUGUUGGGUGUUUCCCUGGGCGGCCAUGCAGCAUGGAGCUGCCUUCUGCAUGAACCUCGCAUAAGCGCCGGGGUCGUGGUCAUCGGCUGCCCGGAUUACGUGAAUCUGAUGGCUGAUCGGGCCAGAUUAUCGAAGUUGCCAUCGUGGACGAGCACUGACAUCCCAGGCUCUCAAUUCCUCGGCUCCGAGGCUUUUCCUUCUUCUCUACUGGAUGCUGUGAGGAAGUACGAUCCGGCAGGUCUGUUUUUGAGCCACGUGAAGUCGGCCUCGGGUGUCGGUCCUCUUCGCAGUGGACCAUUGCCCGAACCGACGGAGAGCGAGAAGGCUGCGUUGCGACCGCUCCUUGCCCGUUCCAUAGCCGGAAAGAGGAUUCUCAAUUUGGCUGGCGGCAAGGACAAAUUGGUCCCUUAUCAUCGUGGGGAGGUGUUCUUGGCUUGGUUAAAGCAGGCUGUCGCUUCGCAGGGCUGGUUUGCUGAUGGUGCUGUGACCUUGGAAGACAUCAUUGAUGAAGAGGCUGGACACGAUAUGACCGGGAAAAUGAUGGAUGAGGCAACUCGUUUCGUUCGUGAAACCCUGGAGGCCAGCAACAAAGCCCCAGAGAAGGUGGGGUCGGUGCGUGAAUCGAAGAUCUAGACUCCUUCCUCUGUCCGGAUGUACUACGACCGCUGUUUUACAUACUAGAGACAUAUAUAAACUUCCCGG